AUGGCCGCCAAGCAAGCUGCUGAAAAGCUCAUCUCCGAGCACAUCGUCGCCGUCUUUAGCAAGAGCCACUGCCAUUAUUGCACGCGGGCCAAGGCCACCCUCAGCUCGCUCUCGCUCCCCGCCUCCAAGAUCGGGAUCAUCGAGCUGGACAACGAGGGCUCACACGGCGCCGAGAUCCAAGCCUACCUCGCCGAAAAGACGCAGCAGCGCACCGUGCCCAACAUUUUCAUCAACGGCAAGCACAUCGGCGGCAACGAUGCUCUCCAGCAGAUCAACCAGUCCGGAGAGCUGAAGAAGCUCAUCGCUGCAUCUUGA